AAGCAGCAUGGCACAGUGAAGAUGGGAGAGAUCUGACAGCAGCGGAAUGUAUCGGUUAUAUAUUUAUUUAUUUUAUUUUGAUCAGAUAUAUGAUAUUGUUUGUUUGUGAUGACGGAGUAACAUAAUGGAGUCUGUGAAGAAACGACUGGCUGAGUUUUCUGUGGAGGCUCACGACUUGUACCUGAACCGAUCAGUGCCGUACCUGGAGGAGCCGCCCGACCCGCUGCACUUCUACCGCGACUGGAUUGGUCCAAACAAACCGUGCAUCAUCCGCAACGCCUUCAGCCAUUGGCCGGCUCUGUCCAGGUGGACGCCAGACUACCUGAGGGAGAAGGUGGGGUCAAAGGUCAUCAGCGUAGCGGUGACUCCUAAUGGUUACGCUGAUGCCGUUAACGGCGACCGCUUCGUGAUGCCGGAGGAAAGACGCAUGAGCUUUUCUUCUGUUCUGGACAUCAUCGAGGGGAAGGUGCAGAAGCAAGGGGUGUUUUAUGUCCAGAAGCAGUGCUCUAACCUGCUGGACGAGCUGCCGGAGCUCACAGACGACGUGGAGCCUCACGUGUCCUGGAUGAGCAACGCACUCGGAAAGUUACCAGAUGCAGUGAAUUUCUGGCUUGGAGAAGCGAGCGCCGUAACAUCCAUGCACAAAGAUCACUAUGAGAAUCUGUACUGUGUGAUUUCUGGAGAGAAAAACUUCAUCUUGCUGCCGCCCACAGACCGACCCUUCAUCCCCUAUGGGAUGUACCAGCCGGCUGUUUACCAUCAGCGAGACGACGGGGAGUUUGAGGUCGUCGACCAAAGCGACUCUGAGAAGGUCCCGUGGAUCCCUCUGGACCCUCUGGACCCGGACCUGGACCGGUUCCCUCAGUACCGCCACGCUCAGCCGGUCCACUGCAGCGUGAAGGCGGGAGAGAUGCUGUUCCUGCCGUCCCUCUGGUUCCACCAUGUUCAACAGUCCCACGGCUGCAUCGCAGUGAACUUCUGGUACGACAUGGAGUACGACAUCAAGUACAAUUACUUCCAGCUGCUGGAGACGCUGUCGGGGUCAACGUGACGUCACUGCAGCUGCACGAUGAAGCACUGAAAUAAUGACCUGAAACAACUGUAAAAUAAUGUUCUGUUUAAAACUAUGCAGAGGUUUUUUGGAGAUUUAAAAAUGUGAAUGAUAUUAAAACUCAAAACAUCAA